GGCUGGGCCCCUAUCAAGCCUCAUUGCUUCCUCGAACUCAAUCGCCAAACCCCAGACUUCUACAGUCGUCGUUCUUUACGUUUCGCUCUCUAUUGUCGUUUUUUAGACUAAUACUUUUACACGCUCACUACGCUACCACCAUCUUUACGUCCCGACUUCGCAGACGAUCGAACCGCCGCUUCCAAAACCUCAAAGUAAUCACAAGCACCGCCAACAUGCUUGCCAAGACCGUUUUCGCCGCUGCCUUCUUCGCCCUCGCACGGUUCGUUAUCGCUACACCCCCCGGGUGUCUCCUCGGUGCCGUAAACGAGUACUCUGACCCUUCCGACCUGAAGACCGUCUGCAAGGCCAAGGACCUUACCACACAGAUCGCCAAGUUCUGCGGUGAUGACACGAAGGCGGCCCUGAGCGCUGUCGCAGACAUCUGCAAUGAUCAGGGCGUCAAAGUCUCAACUGACGUCCCCACCUCGACCGGCAGCGUCCAGUCUAGCGGCACUGGCGCUUCUGCAUCUGCCACUGGCACUGGCUCCAUCAGCGUCUCUGGCUCCAACAAUGGCACUCUGGCUACUGCGACCGGAUCAACACCUAAGCCUUCCGGCACCGCUGCCUCUGGCACAUCUACUGGUGGUCUUGCUCAGUCUACCGGUGCUGCUGGCAAGCUUGAGAUUGGUCUUGCUGCUGCCGUUGCCGGUGUCAUGGCUUUCGCUUUGUAGAGGAAGAGUUUGUGAAGAGCAUCGUGGGGGAUGUGAAGAGACGGCUCGACAUGUCUUAAGAAGAUAUGCUUGCAUAUACCGGUACGAAGUUGAACUAUCUGAAUCGAAUUGUUUGACUUAUUAUGUUUGCUACGCACCCGAGAUGUGCAUAGCCGAGAAUUGUUCUCCUUCGAGCUCCUGUGACUUGGGAGUUCCAAUCGAGUGUCGAGUCUGAGUUGUCUCGAAAUUCGAUUGCCUCAGAGAUCGCCCUAUUUGGAAAUACCAUGGAGUCCUUCGCUAAACUGUUCAACUAUUUA